GCUGUUUCCGGAAGUGUCCCCCGCGGUCUGUUCAGCGGCGGCCUCCGACACCGGGUUGCCGCUCUUUGCUGGGGAGCUCUGCGCGUGGACCGGCGUCGGCCUGGGCGGGGCCGAGGUUCCGUGUGCGCGGCAGGAUGGAGAUCAUCCGGAGCAAUUUUAAGGUUAAUCUUCACAAAGUGUACCAGGCCAUAGAGGAGGCUGAUUUCUUCGCCAUCGAUGGAGAGUUUUCAGGAAUCAGCGAUGGACCCUCAGUCACAGCAUUGACAAGUGGUUUUGACACCCCGGAAGAGAGAUACCAGAAGCUUAAAAAGCAUUCCAUGGACUUUUUGCUGUUUCAGUUCGGCCUUUGUGCUUUUAAGUAUGACCACACAGAUUCAAAGCAUGUAACGAAGUCCUUUAACUUCUAUGUUUUCCCCAAGCCUUUCAGUAGGUCCUCACCAGAUGUCAAGUUUGUUUGCCAGAGCUCCAGCAUUGACUUCCUAGCGAGCCAAGGAUUUGACUUUAAUAAAGUGUUUUGCAGCGGAAUUCCCUAUCUGAAUCAGGAAGAAGAAAGGCAGCUGAGAGAGCAACUUGAUGAAAAACGUUCUCAGGCGAAUGGGGCAGGAGCGCUGGCAAAAUGUCCUGUGACAAUUCCUAAGGAUCAGAGGAAGUUUAUUGACCAAGUAAUAGAGAAGAUAGAGGAUUUCCUACAAAGCGAAGAGAAGAAGAGCCUGGAUUUAGAGCCGUGCACUGGGUUCCAAAGGAAACUUAUUUAUCAGACUUUGAGUUGGAAGUAUCCGAAAGGCAUUCAUGUUGAGACAUUAGAGACUAACAAGAAGGAGAGACAUGUAGUUAUCAGCAAAGUAGAUGAAGAAGAACGCAAAAGGAGAGAGCAGGAGAAGUACGCAAAGGAGCAGGAGGAACUGAAUGAUGCUGUGGGAUUUUCAAGAGUCAUCCAUGCCAUUGCUCAUUCGGGGAAGCUGGUUGUUGGACACAAUAUGCUCUUGGAUGUCAUGCACACAGUCCACCAGUUCUACUGCCCCCUGCCUGCGGAUCUGAACGAGUUUAAGGAGAUGAUAACGUGUGUCUUCCCCAGACUCCUAGAUACUAAGUUGAUGGCCAGCACACAACCUUUUAAGGAUAUCAUUAACAACACAUCCCUUGCAGAGUUGGAAAAGCGGUUAAAAGAGACACCUUUUGACCCUCCUAAAGUUGAAAGUGCAGAAGGCUUUCCAAGCUAUGACACAGCUUCUGAGCAGCUGCACGAGGCAGGGUAUGACGCCUACAUCACGGGACUCUGCUUCAUCUCCAUGGCAAAUUACCUAGGUUCUUUAGUCAGUCCUCCAAAAAUGUGUGUGUCCGCCAGCUCAAAACUCAUUGAGCCCUUUUUUAACAAGUUAUUUCUUAUGAGGGUCAUGGAUAUUCCCUACUUAAACUUGGAAGGGCCAGAUUUGCAGCCUAAACGCGAUCAUGUGCUCCAUGUGACCUUCCCCAAAGAGUGGAAAACCAGUGACCUCUACCAGCUCUUCAGCGCCUUCGGUAACAUUCAGAUAUCCUGGAUUGAUGACACGUCAGCCUUUGUUUCUCUCAGCCAGCCUGAACAAGUACAGAUUGCUGUCAAUACCAGCAAGUAUGCUGAGAGUUACCGCAUCCAGACCUAUGCUGAGUACGUGGGAAGGAAGCGGGAGGACAAGCAGGUCAAGAGGAAGUGGACAGAGGACAGUUGGAAGGAGGUGGACAGAAGACAGCCCCGUGUGCCAGGCCCCUGUUACCACAGCAGCAGCUUCGCAGCAACUGGUGUGGCUGGAAAGAGAAGUCUGAGUGCCAACACAGAGGAAGCUGGCUCGGAGGACAGAGACUCGGGGGAGAGGUCCGACUCCGAGCUUGAACAGAUAGAUUCCUGCGCAGAACCCCUCCCAGAGGGAAGGAAAAAGACCAAGAAGUUAAAAAGAAUGAAGAAAGAGCUUUCCUUGGCAGGGAGUAUCACAGAUAGCCCUUCUGUGCUCUUUGAAGUCCCUGACACGUGGUAGCAGAGACCAGAGUGAAGCGCGCUGAGGGCGCUGCUGCUGAGAGAACACCAGCCCAGCCUGUUUGGAAGCCACACUGUGUUCACUUAAUCACAUGUGGCACGGGAGGGUUUGGAACUCGCUUAUCUCCUGCGAAAGCUACUUUUUACUUUUUUGGCUAUCUCUAUCUUCCCUUUUAAUCUAAACUGACCAUUGGCACACAUCAUGGCUGAGGGCUGUUUGCAGGUGUGUGCAUGUUAUUAACUAAUUACUUCCUGCUCCUGGAAAACCUGUCCUGCCCUGGUGAGUGUUGGCAAGUCCACCCAGGGAGGAAGUCAGCUGUGAGCCAUGCCCAAGAGAGCCAACCCCGGGGUUUGUGCUGAGCUCAUCCUGCCUGGAGAUGUGCCUGCCCACCCACCAUUGCUGCCUGGAAACAACGCACGGGCUUGUCUUCAACAGGAGUCUUCCUGUGCUGACUCCAGCAUCUCAGCAGAGGCCCGGGCUUUGAGAGCACGUUAUUUCAAGUUACUUCCCCUCAGAUAAGAGUCUCUCCCGGUGAUGUGUGAGCGAGAAGCUGGUUCUUCUGUUCCUAUGCACAAUGCCACACUCAUGGUGCAGUGUCUUCUGCUUGUCUUCACCGUGUGUGUGUGUGUGUGUGUG